UCUUUCCUUCUUGAACUCUCGUUUUCUUCUUCGAUGGCAAGCGAUCCCAAACCCUCCGGCAUUGCAAACCCGGCAGCUCGGCCGCCACCACCGCCACCGCCGGCCUACGGCGCUCCGACGGCGUACCCGGGAUACUACGGGGAGCCGUAUCCGGGAUACUACUCGGCACCGGCACAUGCUCAGCACUCGAGCACCACCCUUCUCCGCCGCUUCCUCAUCAUCAUCGCGGCUACGAUCGUCGCCACCGGAGUCGCCAUCUUCAUCACUUGGCUUGUUCUCCGACCUCGCCUUCCCAUCUUCUCCAUCUCCUCGGCAUCUCUAUCCUCCUUCAAUCUCUCCUCCUCCCAGCUCUCGUCUGAUCUCUCCGUCUCCAUCUCUGUUCAAAACCCUAACCACAAGAUGACCAUCCAUUACUACGAUUUCCGGGCGGAGGCUUUGUAUGAUUUUUAUACUAUUUCUGAUGUUGCGCUUCCGCCGAUGGAUCAGAAGAAGGGGAAUGUGACGGAGAUUAAAGCGAGGUUGGUGGCCAUGGGGGAGUUUGUCGGGGAGGAUGUUGGCCAGAGAAUCGAGAGCGAAAGGCGUACUAUGGGGACGGUGGGGUUCCAAGUUAGGGUUUUGUCGUUGGUGAGGUAUAGCUCAGGGUUCUGGUGGACGAGAACGAAUGUUUUGAGGGUCUUCUGCGAUGAUGUGAGGAUCAAGUUUGCAAAUGCUACUGCAAAUGGUGGGUUGCUUGAUGGGACUGCCAAACCUUGCUUGGUGAGAUUGUGAGUAUUGUUUGUUUAUAAGCUUCCUAAUGUUCAUAAUGGUCUUGUUGUUGAUUGUGUUUGGUUCUCUUUUUUGAAUGGAUUCCUUUCAAGUUUCUGUUUUUUUCCUAAUUAAUGUAUCCCAUAAGAAAUUAUAUUACUGU